AAGUUCACAACAGUGAGAGACGAAAUUCGCGAUUAUUCCUUGCUUUGUUAUUUUUAUAGCAUGCUUAAUGCUUGUGUAUGUUUCUAUAAAAUUUUAAAAUAAAUUAAAGCAUUUUACGCAAUGGACGAAUAACUACUCGCUAAAAUGAAGUUUUUAAUAUUGGCGUUUUUUUUAUUUGGUUCUUACGGACAUGAGCCUAUUGUGAAAAAUAAUAAGGAAAGUACAGAGAUAUCAAGGGCUCUUGAUGACCGGCCUUUGCUUUUUGCGACAUUGGGAGGCGGCAUGGUAGCUGUCGAGCCUCUAUCUGGAAACAUAAUUUGGAAACUUAAAGACGAGCCCGUGGUGAAAGUUCCAAAUCAACAUGCGAAUUUGAUGCCCCAAUUUUUACCUGAUCCUCGACACGGCUCCCUCUAUAUGUAUGGACCAAGGGGCGAUAAGCAAAUGCUGAAAAAGUUACCCUUCACGAUACCAGAGUUGGUGGCAAAUGCGCCGUGCCGUUCCACAGAUGGCAUUUUGUAUACAGGAAAGAAAAGUGAUACAUGGUUCAUGUUGGAUCCAUUGACUGGUUCUAGGGAGCAUAUUUCAGGUUUUGAUAAGUCGAAAAUAUUUAAAGAAGACGAUGUGGAGGACACUUGCGAUCUCGACAAGAAACGCAGUGUGUACGUCGCACGCACCGAGUAUAAUAUUCUCAUGCACGAUUCGAAUAACGAGAACCAGAAGUGGAACGUCACAUUUUUCGAUUACACGUCGCAUGAUAUGGGAAAGGAGAUGCUGAAUGACUACGGUAUAAUACACUUCACGUCUACAUCAAACGGGCGGAUAAUGUCUUUUAACCGAAAAACCGGUGACUUGGUGUGGUCACAUAACUUCGAAACGCCGGUUAUAGCAGCCUAUCUGUUGGAUAGGGAGGGACUUAUCUCCGUCCCCUUUAAUUCCAUCGGGGACGACACCAUGGACCACAUCAUGGAAGACGCUACGACGCUGAGGAACGGGCAGGGGAUUAAGAACUCUAAUAUUGAGUUGUACCCAACGUUAUAUAUUGGGGAGCACAACCAUGGCCUGUACGCGCUAUCGUCCUUAGUAGAUAAAAACACAGUAACAAUAUCCACUGGAUACACCCAGCCGUUACUCCUAGAAGGGCCGGUCACUGAAACCGAGUCCGCUUCAGAGAAACCGGUCUAUGAACCGUUUAAAAAUGUCCACUACCAACUCAAUGAUAUAAACCUACACGUAACUCCACCGUAUCUAUUGCUGGGGCAUUAUAAAGUGCCAGAGCUAACUACUUCCUGGAUGCCACAAAUGCCAAAUUCCAAUCGAAAUAAUCUGCCAGUGAGGAACGCUGUGAAGUUGAUCAAUGGGGAAGUCAGAACUGAAGCGGAUAAGGAUGAAAAUGAAACGAAUUUGAAGUCUAACUCCGUAUCGGUGUCAGUGCAAACGGAAGAUUUGUUCGCGGAGUUCAGUUUGAGGCCGGAUUUGUGGUACAAACAGCUGCACAUUUGGCUCAAUCAGCAAGAGAAUAAAGCGCUGAAAGUAGCCCUUAUUGUUUUGAUGGGCUUGGUCGUCACUAUGUUCUGGUAUUUGCGGCUGCAGGCUCGCGAUAUCCAGCAACUUUCCCAAGGUGGGUCCAGAAGUUCCACGGCAUCCACUUCAUCUCAGGGUGAGGUGACGGGGCAACUCGUUGAGUUGGGCGAUGGAGAAGUGCAAAUAGGCAAGAUUAGCUUCUUCACGGACCAGAUUUUGGGAAAAGGGUGUGAGGGUACUUUUGUGUAUAGAGGUACAUUCGACAAACGCGCAGUUGCCGUAAAGCGCUUGUUACCCGAAUGUUUCACAUUCGCGGACCGCGAAGUGGCGCUCUUGCGCGAGUCGGAUGCGCACGCGCACGUGGUACGGUAUUAUUGUACUGAACGGGAUAAACAGUUUAGGUAUAUAGCCCUAGAGCUCUGUUCAGCUACGUUACAAGAUUACGUCGAAAGAAAAUUGAAUUUCGAAUGUAAAAUCGAUGCUGUGGAAGUGUUGCGGCAGGCCGCUUUGGGGCUCUCUCAUUUACAUUCUAUGGACAUAGUACACAGAGACAUAAAGCCGCACAACGUGUUGCUGUCCAUGCCUACCGGCACAGGCGAAGUGCGAGCCAUGAUAUCCGACUUCGGUUUGUCCAAAAAACUCAAUAUCGGCCGUGUGAGCUUCUCCCGAAGGUCUGGGGUCACUGGUACUGACGGCUGGAUUGCUCCUGAGAUGAUUAAUGGCGAGAGAACGACGACAUCCGUGGACAUGUUCUCUUUAGGUUGUGUGUUUUAUUACGUACUUUCUAGAGGCCAGCAUCCUUUCGGUGAUGUGUUGAGGCGACAGGCAAAUAUUAUCACCGGAGAGUACAAUUUAGAUUAUUUAGAUAAAGUGUUGCCAGAAGAAGAGGUGCUAUUAACGAAAAUUUUGAUUAGAUCCAUGAUCUCGUCUAAAGCAAGUGCUAGGCCGCCUUGUGAAACUGUACUUAAGUACCCCAUAUUUUGGGGCAAAUAUAGUAUACUAAAUUUCUUACAGGAUGUGAGUGACCACGUGGAGAGUUGCAACGCGGGAGCCGACCAUCCCCUAGAAAAGGGAGCUAGAAGGGUUAUAAGAGGAGAUUGGCGAGCGCACGUUUGCCCAACCGUGGCCAAUGAUUUGCGGGCGCGACGCACGUACCGCGGCGAGCGGGUCGCACAUUUGCUGAGGGCGAUACGGAAUAAGAAACAUCACUACAGAGAACUAGAGCCCGAAGUGCGUGACAGUCUCGGCAAAGUUCCGGACGGUUUCGUCACCUACUGGCUCAAGAGGUUCCCACUCCUCUUGCCUCACGUGUGGUUACAAAUGCAGCAGUUCCGGAACGAAGACGUCAUGCAAGGCUACUUCCCACACACCUUCACGUUCGACAGAGAUGACGUCACAGAACUGAACGACGACAACUAUGUCAAUGAGGAAGAUCUAGCGAUCAACGAACUCUUCGUCAAAAGCAAAGUGUACUACGAUGAGAACGAGCCGGAUAAGAAGUACAAAAGGGACUCGCCUAAGAAACGCGUGGACUGGCGAAGUGACGAUAGAACGAGACAGGACGACGUCAGACUGAGAGAUAGAUACACGUAUUAUAAGAAGAAAGAGAAGAAACAAGAAGUGCCGGUAUGGAGCUUGCCGCCGCAGUGAAGCACAUUUAUUUGUAAGUAGAUAUAGGUAUUUAUUUUUACGGUAAAACGUCAAGUUUAGAAUACGACACUAACGGCCUCGCGUGAAUUUAAACAUAGAUUGUAGUUAUAGUCCCGGUCAUAUAUUGUAAACGUUAGGGUUUUGCCUAUACAUGUGAUUUUUAACUUAUAUCAAAAUUGAACUGUUUGUUAGAUAUAGAAAUCAUUUCACUAUAAAGGAAUGACAUGGUCCAUAUGAGACUCUGUUUCUGUCAAUAACUAAAUUGAAUUUAUUUGAAUGACUAUAAAAAAUAUAUAUAAAUAUAUUUUUUUAAAUUCAAUUUAGUAAUUGACAAAGAGCUGAGGGUAGUUAUAACUAGUAUCUGCUCAUGUUUUUAUAAAUCGAUUACAUAAGCGCACACUUAGAACAAAUUAUGUUUGGAUAGAUUUUAAAUAUGUAUGUAAAUUGUGUAUUUGAAUGGAUAAUACAGGACUUUAUAUUAGUAUUUUAAUGAGAUUUUAGAUGAAUUUUGUGUAAAAAAUAUUCAUGCAAUGGAUUGAAAAUGAAAAGGGACCAUAUUGUAUAUUCUUAGAAGUACUUUGUGUACAUAAAUAUACUUAUAUUUAAUUGUAAGAUCUUAAGACACUUCAAUUUUUAUCAUAAAACUAUAAGCGUUAUAAAGAUUUCUAAUAACACUACUAAUAUAGUCAAAUUAAUUUAUUGAUAGAGUUAGAAACGCUAGAAUGUUUAAUUAAAGUAAUAAUUAUAUGUUAAUUAGUAAUUGAUCACGUCAAAGCAAAAUCAUUAGAUCGCAAUGCUAUCUAUAAACAGAAUUUGACAAAAAAUGUAAAUUAUUUAAUAUAAAAGGAAUACGAAUAUAAAUUAUUAUUAGUUAUAUUUUAUUCAUCAUAAGUUCUAUUAAGAAUGUCUAUGAAUUGGAAUGCAAAACCUCAAAACUGACAUAAAGCAACAUUCCUACACGUGUUGUUAUUAAUACAUCAGUGGGAAAGCAAUUAAAGCUAGUCAAAAAAUCACAUUCCUUAAGAGAAAAUAUAAUUAAUAUAUUUUCUAGUGUUUGCUUAUUAGAAAAUUAUUUAAUAUAUGCAUAACCAUUAUGAAAUAAAAAGAGAUUAGGUAAUAUUGUGAAAUAUUCGCAAAAUAACUGGUCCUUAAUAGGGCUCUGCGACAAGGUUAGUCGUUCUGUUUGUUAAUGUUAUGAAAUAGAAAACAAUUCAAAGGCAGCUAUCCUACAUAGGCUACUAAUAUUGUUCCAAGAUUUAAACGAGCGGAUUGUGAGGCAGCCUUCAUGCUGACUAAUUUAAAUUUAACAUUAGUUAUUUUAAUUGUAUAGUAUGUACCAUUUUGGUUGACCUUUAAUGUAAUUGAAGAUACAAAUGUACAAAAAGAUGCUGGUUUUCAGAUUGAAACUAAUCCACUAUAAUAUUGUAGCAAGUAACUUUCGCUGUCUCUUCUUCAACGGCUGAACCAAUUUUGAUGAAAUUUGGAUGAGACCCGAGAAGGGACAAAGGAUAGUUUUUAUUCCGGAAAACUGUACGGGGAAAACCUCGGAUUGUUUAUUUUUCCCUUUUGACUACGCAGACGAAGUCGCAGGCGGAUUGCUAGAACAAAUUAUGUAAAACAAUUCACAAUCUGAAAUAGGUAUAUUUUAUGAUUAAUUAUUUAAUAUUUUUCCUGAUGGAGGAUAAGUAUUGAGACGUGCCAAUCAUGAAAAAGUUAAAGAAAAUUCAAAAAUAUGAAUAAAAAUAUAUUUGAUAAAUCAUGUUUCUGAAUAUAAAAUUCCCUUUUAGAUACAUUUUAUUGAAUGUGACCUUUUUUAAAUUAUUCAUGUUUUUUUUUUACUUUAAUCUAAGGCGGUUAUUUUAUUUAUUAUUCCUUUUGUAUAUCGAUGAUUGCUUGAUUAAUGUAAAUAUAGUUUGUAAAGUAAGUACACAAAUAGUUUUUAAAUAUCACAAAAUAGGUAAUAGUUAGUGUAUUAGCAAUAGUAUUAAGAAAUAAUAUGUUGAAAAAAUGACAGUUUGUGAAAGUGAUGUAUUAAUUUUUUUUUUACAUUGAUAUUUUUUUCUAAAUCGAAAAAUCAACUGCAGAAUGCAUGAAUUAAAAAUUAUUGGACUUGGAUGGAAAUUAUUAUUUGUAUCAGUGUCCUUUUAAAUAUAGAUACUCCUGGAUACUGUAAGUUAACAUUUUGUAUAUAUUUCCGUUACUUAUUUAAAUAUUAUGUGUCGCGGCUACAUUGUCAAAACAGUGAUAUUUCAAUUUCACUAGUGAUGCUAAUCAUAAAUUAUAAUUAAACAUCGUUCAUGGAAUACCUUGAUUUUAUAAUAUUUCCGUGAUAUGCUAGGCCGUUUAAUUGUAAGAAAUGAGGCUGAUUGACAUUUAAUUAUAAUAUCAUUAGUGAAAUUGUAAAUAUCACGGAUUUUA